AUGCCUGUAGAAGUUGUCGUUCCAGUUGAGCUUGACCUCAUUAACAACUUUAAUGACGUCGGUCCCGAGCUUUUGCCGCAACAGAUGGUUGCGGUGUCGUCAAACUGUCAACUGACCAUUUCACCGUCGUCACAGAGCAGUCAUCCAUCGUCACCAACCUCUAUCGAAAGCGAUGGAUUCGAAUUGAGCCAUUCGAUGAUUAACUCGAGCUCCACUUCUAUAACCACCGCUACGACGUCGGCAACGCUUGAUUUAAGCGCAUCGACGGAGACUUAUGUGGAUGAUUCUGCAUCCUUAGCGUCAAAAGCAAAUUCGAAAACAAAUUUGUCGAUUUUGGAAAAGCGGAUGCGAAUUGGAAAGUCAAAACUUGGCCAUGCACGAUACAAAAACGUCAAACGCAGUUUUAAACCUCCUGAGGGAAAUGUUAUUAAUCUUCAUCACGAACAGUAUGCACUCACGUAUGGUAUGAUGUGUGGCAUUCGUGACUCGGCUGGGCUUCAAAAUCCGUUUAAACAGCGCUUAACGAUGGAUGAUUUCAUGUCGGUCGACAACAAGAUCUUUCCUGCAACUGGACAGCUUCAACAUCCAUUUAAAUUUAAGGAUUACUCUCCGGAUGUCUUUCGUCAAGUGCGUCGUCGCUUUGGCAUCGACUUGGCCGACUACAUGCUUACAUUGAGUGGUGACUUUAAUUUUAUCGAGUUUAUGUCGAAUUCCAAAUCAGGACAAUUUUUCUUUUACUCCCAUGACGGACGAUUCAUGAUCAAAACGCAAACAAAAGAUGAGUCAAAGUUUCUUCGUCGGAUUUUGCCGCACUACUACAAGUUUGUGAUGGAAAAUCCAGAUACUCUUAUCACGCGCUUUUAUGGCAUGCACCGUGUCAAGAUGCACCAUUUGAGAAAAAAAAUGCACUUCGUCAUCAUGGCUAGUGUGUUUGAUACGCCAUUGGAUAUCCACGCACGUUUUGACUUGAAAGGCUCCCGUGUUGGACGCCAUGCGACUUUAAAAGAGCAUCAACGAGGAAGUGCAGGUGUUUUAAAAGAUAAUGAUUUGCUGGAAAAAGGCUUUCAUUUGCAAAUGGGGGUAGCUCGACGGACUAUUUUUCUCGUGCAGCUUCGAAAAGAUGUUGAAUUUUUAAAGCAGAUGAAGAUUAUGGACUACAGUCUUCUCAUCGGAGUUCACGAUUCGGGCUGUGAACUUUCGAACGAUUUGUACAUGGGGGCUACAUGGAGCGAUAGCUCCGGUAGUGUUAUGUCUGACCAAGGAAGUAAUUCUAUGUCAUCACCAAGUUCUCCUGCUCGCUCAGACCCUGGAUUGACGAUCGCAGUUUCAUCUAUCCAGACUCGAUUGGCGCUUUCACCUCCAAGCACACCUACAUUUGGAGAUGGAUAUAAGGGAUUGGAUCUCGACUCGGACAAUGACUCAGAAACGAGCAGUGAUGGUGGUUUUGGACUCAGCUUUGGCAAUGCAUUUGGUGACUUUGCCUCACCAGCGAAUCGUAGUCCGUUUGGGUCUCUGCCUUCGACACCUAGAGGCUCAGUAUCAACGAUGACGCCGUUGUCUCCUCGUCUACUCGACACUACAGCGUAUGCAGAGUAUUCUGAGUCUGUAUUUUGCAAGGAUGAAGGUGGCAUGUACGGACGUGAUCGUCAUGGUAGGAAGAAUGGGUUUGUUUACUUUUUAGGUAUUAUUGAUAUCCUGCAGCAGUACAACACGCGCAAGAUUGCUGAAGCCUUUAUAAAGGGCUUGCGUCACAACCGCAAACAGAUUUCGUCGGUUAAUCCUGAUUUUUAUGGGGAUCGGUUUAUCGAGUUUAUGGAGAAACAUGUCGUUCAAGAUGAUACUCUCAUUUCACCUCGUCCAUUAGUUUCUCCAACUUCUGCGAGUAGUGUUGACUCAAUGCCACAUAUGGAAGAUGACGCCUGCUGA